AUGGUCACCGGUGACGAGGAGUAUUUUCAGUUCUCUUUAAAAGUUGUUGUCAAUAAAAAGAAAACGAAAGUACUAUUUGCGGAAGUCGACAGCGAUUUCGCCGACGUUUUAUUGAGUUUUCUGACACUUCCAUUGGGAACGAUUAUUAGGAUUCUGAAGAAACACUAUGGAGAAGAAGAAGAGGCUGUUAGUAUUGGAAGCUUAACCACUUUAUAUAACGGCUUAGCAAAUCUUGAAAACGAAUGUUUCGUGACUAAGGGUUGUAAGGAGGUUCUUCUCGAUCCGACAAGUUGGUUCGAAAGCAAAGCCAAGUGUCUUAAACUAAAACUUGAUAUAAGUGAAACUAAGCCCAUCGAAUACUUCACUUGUAAAAACUUGAAUUGUAAAUCCAAUUACGGUUUUCUAUGUUUAAGCAUUUAUUAUGAUACUGUUAGCUGCUUCUGCUGUGGAGAAAAAAUGAAAAGAGAAGUAGUUCAAAACGAGUCUCGAGCUAAUGAUGAUGGAGUUGUUGGUAAAUUUACCAACAAAACUGUGUCUUUCGCAUGUCAAAAGAUGCCUAAACCUAAUGAUUGUAAGGACGGAGUUUUUAUCAGAAAUUCAGAGUCUUUAAUAAUCUCUGACGCUCUUCGGAUACUUCCUAAUACGACGGGUUUCGUGCAAACUCUCAAAAGUUUCGGCAUUGCAGACACCUAUGGCGCAGAGCUAAUGAAUGUGACGUUUGGAUUUAAUGAGAUUAUGGAUUUGCUCAAGGCCUCGUUACUAUCCCAUACUCCGCUAACCGAUAUCAUACUCAACAAAAACCAGAUCUACGACUACGCUCGAACAAAAUACGAACCGGGAUUUUCACUUGAGCGGAUUGCGACGAAAGCAAAUGCUAGAUCCAAGAAGAUGAAUUUAAAAGUGAUUUUACAAAAAUCUACCAAUAAGUUAUUGUUUGCUCAAGCUGAGGAUGAUUUCGUAGAUUUUCUAUUUAUUUUUCUGGCCAUCCCACUAGGAGGAGUUGAGCACCUUUUGGGAAGUAACACUUGUCUUAAGAGUAUAGACAACUUGCACCGCAGUGUAGCAGAUCUUAUGGACCACAAGUCUCUAGCGAGUGCAGAUACUAAAAAGAUGCUAAUGAAUCCUAAGCUACAUCAUGGAUAUAUUUCCAAAAACCCGAUUUUUCCUCUGAGUGAACAAAGGCUAUAUGCUACCUGUUAUAACUUAACGGGUGUGACAAAGUUUUCUUCUUUCAAUUUCAAGACAGGGCAGGGGAAAUAUGUCAAGGGACGGAAAUUGUACAAGAUUACUGAUGAUUUGACUGUGACACCUUUCUGUAUGGCUUCAGCUGUUUCCGUUAUCGAAUCCCUUAACGUCCCGUUAACUGAUAUCAAGGAAAUGGAGCUUCAAAUUGGGCUGGACGAGGGUUUAAGCAUAUUGAAGGCAUCUCUUACAUCGACUUCUGCUCUAACCGAUGGCCUGAAGAUCGAUGGCGUGUUCAUGAAACAACCAAGCAAGGACACUGAUCUCAGCUGA